AUGCGGCGCGUCGAGCAUUUGUUGUACAUUGCAGCUGCAGACCGCAUCACCACUCGCAUAAACACAAACGUCCAGAGUCCAAUGCUGGUGGUGGAGCUGAACCUGGACAGAAUAGAAGGCACACAGCUCCGCGCGCUGGGCCUGCUCGCCGUGUACGGGUUCAACGUGACGUACGAGGUGCGGGCGGCCGCGCAGGCGCCGGGGCCCACCUCCUGCAGCGCCAUCGAGUGCCGCCUGCUGGGACACUGCUAUGCCAGCCAUGAUUAUCAGAUGGCAUACGAGCACAUGGAUUACCUGAUGGUAAGCAAUCGGCGUCGCCCAUGGACACCCGCAACAAAGAAGGAGUUACGAGAGCGUUGCCGACCUUUUAAGGAUUGGGAUUUUGGGACUGGGAAGGGAUUGGGACAGAUGGGUCAGGCCACCGUCAGCUGUAUCUGCGCGCUCGGCUACACGGGGGACCUGUGCGAGGCCCAAGUAGCACCGCCUGACUUGACAUAUAUACCAACGACCAGAAGUGUUGGAGGGGUCAUACUUCAUACUUACUUGUAUGGCGUACGAUCCCCGUACAUUACGUUCACAUGGUACAAAGAUGGCGUCCAAAUCAACUUCAAUGGUAAUGGUACAACUACAAGAGAUAUUUGGACGAGAACAGCUGUAGAAGACGCACUCGGCCGUCGUUUGUCAGUGCUAGGUGUAACAGAGGCGGAGAGAUUAGAUAGUGGGAAGUGGUCCGGUGCUGCAGACGAUGCUGGCAGGAGACGCUGCAGGGCGUUGAGACUGACAGUGCUGAGACCUCCUGAGAUACACUUGGUCCCGUCCACAUUGACUGUUAAUAAAGGUGACAAUGUAAGUAUAACCUGUCUGGCUGGAACUGCAAGAGUACAUGGUGCAGCUGGAUUUAGUUGGGCAAAAGAGAGAACUCUGCUACCCAUGGUGGACAGUUAUAGAGGUCUGGGAGGAUUUAUAUCCAGCAGGCAGUGUGCUAAAGCUUUACAAUGUACAGAAUUCCAAUGUGUUUCUUUGUCAAGUGCGUCUGUGGCUGGCACAAACGCUAAAGCUGUAACCAUGUGGGCUCUGGGAACUGGGAACGUGGCGUGUGAGAAUGAAACUUCCCAUGGCAUUCGCUGGCCGAGGACCGCUCCUGGAGCACACGCUACUUCUUCCUGUCCAGCAGGAUACAGCGGUUAUAAUAAAAAGUUGUCAGUGUACUUAGAGACAAUUCUUUAUUUCUUUAUUUCUUGCUUUGCAGAUGAACCACAAGCUGCCGCCCGACAGACGCGAGAUAGCUGUAAAAUCUGCACCCAAUCAACUCCCGACGAAGUAAACACAGUACCACGUCCUAUCAAGAGCUGCCUCAAGAAGCGUUCGCACCAGCUGUCGUGGAGUACCUCACUGCCGUCCAUCCACCACGAAAGCAACGAGCAGAACAACUCCCACCUACAGCUAGUGGACACACAGUCCCAAACCCCGAGCACGCACACCACAUUCACACAGACAGACAAAGUGCUGCACAAGAUAUCCCACGACCUGGACUUCCUGCUCAACAGGACGCCCAGUCGCGUCGCGGACAACUGUCCGCAACAGAUAGAGGAAGCACCCACUUAG